AUGGCGGACGGCGACCACGACCCAGCGUCGCCACCCAAGAGCGACGUCCAGUCGACCCCUUCCAUUUAUGCCUACCGCACUCGCUUGCUGAGUAAGCAGGACGCGUCCCAAGAUGUCCAGUCAUCCUUUGCAGGCAACGGCUCCUCCCCAUCGCGAGCUCCCACGGUAUCGCGCAUGAACUCGCUCCGCGAAGAAGCCACUGUCGGUGGCUUGAGGCGUGCCGGCUCUGGCGCGCGUAUCGGCUCCCAUACUCGUGGUGGCAAGUCUGUUGACCUUGUCCGCAACCAGUGGGAGGCCAAGAUCGAAGCCGCCGCCGUCAUCGAGGAGCCUACGCCGCAGCCCAUUCCUCGCCCUCGCUCAAUGUAUCUUGCCUCUACGGCGACUGCGCAGGCGUCGCAAUCUACGACCCCACCGCCUGCUACCACCACCCCCACCAAGGUGACACCCUCUGCGGCUGCCAGUGAAUCUUUUCUUGCACACGCACGGAGCACCUCUGCCCUUCGUCCAAAGCGUGCAACUGUCGACGGCGUCCCUGGGUGGAACCCUCCGAGCGCCGGCGCUGGCAACAAGGACGUCAAGUUCCCUGGUGCCGCCGAGCAGACGAGCUCCCCUGUUGAGCCGGAGGGCUUUGUCGGCGAACUCCCUCGCUUCCCGCGUGACCGCCCGUCGUCCAUUACGUCCUACGCGACCAUCUCACCCAAUGUCACUGGCCAAUCGACCAUGUCGCUUCGGAACAAGUCCUCAGUCGACACGCUCGCUGAGGCUCGCGCCAACGCACUCCGUCGGCUCGAGGCAAAGAAGAAGGCUGGCGUUGUUGUUCAAGAGCCCCAGUUUGACCUUCCGCCCGUACCGCAAGUUCCCCCCAAGGUGGAGAUCAACCUCGAAGACUUUGCCCCUGUGCUGAGAACUGUUCCGUCUUCUCGACAGAACAGCAUUACUGAAGCAGAGAAGCAGUCUGUCCUCCUGCCCAAGACCUCACAUAUUAUCAACCAGACUCCAUCGAAGGCUCCCACCCCAACCAAACCCACCGACAGAUCGGUGAUGACACUUCCCACCCCAGCGCCUUCUCAGGGUUCCUCAGACACCGCUCCCAAGCCCUCGCCCUUUGGCGAGCGUUUGCGUCCUGCCCCCAAGUCUCUCGUGGCAGUUCAGCCAGUAACCCAGGCCGGAGCACCGGCUACCUCGCCCACGCCGUUUGGUGAGCGACUAAAGGCGGCACAGCGCCGGGAGCCCGUGGUCCUCCCCAACGAGGUUUCCAAGCCGGAGCCCGAGUUGCCAACACUUCGUAAGACGAAGAGUAUCAACCUCGGGGCCCCAAACAAGCCACCCCCUCCCACCCUGGCCGACAGGCUUGACGCGCUCAAGCUGGCGGAAUCGAAGCCAAUCGAGCAGACGAAGCGUGUCCAGACUCGCCGCUCAGUGGACGAGAUUCGGAGGUCCCUCAACACCCCUUCCGAGAUUCCAAAGACGGUUAUCGAUCUGCCCAAGCGUAUUGUAUCCGACUCUCCGAUCUUGGCUGCUCAGAGCACUGGCGACGAGGCUGCCCCUUCGCCCAAGGCUGCCACUCCCAAGCCCAAGCUUGCUGGUCUAGGCUUCCCGCCAUCUCCCCGUGCUCGUGUGCCUUCCCGCAGCCAUGACGGUCGUUCUCUUGGCAAGCACCUCCCCCGCAUCGUCUCUGGUGACAUGGGAUGGGAGGGUGACGCCGUUCGCGGAGCCAGUGCAGCCCGCAAGGCGUCUGUGAAAGGUCGCAAGACAUCUCUCAGCCGCUCAACUCCAAUGCCCCUGACUGAGGUGAACACUCCCCCCAGACCAAGGGCUGAGCCGCCCGUUGAGGUUUUGCCUGUACCCUCUGUGAUCCCUUCGCCAGCUCGUCCGGCCGAACCGCUUGCCCCUCUGGCUCCCUCUGCGGCCAUCAACACACCGACUCCCACCACCCCCUCGACGCCCUCCAAGAAGUCGUCCAAGUCCAACCUUUAUGGGUCUUUAACUCCUCGUGCCGAAGUCCACGGAGCCGAGAUGAAGGGACUCAUGAGUGCCAUCUCGGCUGCCCCCGCGCGUCAAGGCAAUGACGAUGGCGGUGAGGGCGUCACUGGCAUGUCGAACCGCGUGCGCCUCUCGCAGCGUCUGCCUCUUGCCGCUUCAUCGGUCAAGGUGGCACCUGCGCCUCUUCCAUCUCGUCGCUUGGCUGGUAACAACAACUGGAUGGACCGCCAGCGUCACGCUCUCGCGGCGUACGAGUACCUCUGCCACAUUGGUGAAGCCCAGCAGUGGAUUGAGGGUUGCCUCGAUGAAGAACUCGAAUUUGGUGUCACGGAGAUGGAGGAGGGCCUGCGAGACGGUAUUGCUCUGGCCAAGCUCGCCCGCGUCUUCCAAGGCGAGCAGGUUGUGCGCCGUAUCUGGACCGAAGCCAAGCACCGUUUCCGCCAGUCUGACAACAUCAACUAUUUCCUCAACUUUAUCCGCUCUGUCGGCAUGCCCGAGACCUUCAUCUUCGAGCUCACUGACCUGUACAACAAGAAGAAUAUCCCCAAGGUCAUCUUCUGUAUCCACGUGCUCAGUCACUUGCUGGCCCGUCUUGGUCGUGCCGAGCGCAUGAACAACCUUGUCGGCCAAUUUGAGUUUACCGACGAGCAGCUCGCCGCUACUCAGAAGGGUAUCCAGGGUGUGGCCAUGCCCAACUUCCAACAAGUAGGCCAAACUCUUGCGAAGGAAGCCAGUUGGGAGCCAGAGCCUGAAGAGGAAGUUGAGGAGGAGACCGAGGACGAGCGCCGCGACCGAGAGCUGCUUGAAUGUGAGGGAUCCAUCAUUUCUCUCCAGCAGCACCUCCGUGGUGCCCUUGCUCGCCAGCGUGCCACUCGUGUCAAGACACAGCUCAAGCUCGCCGCCCCCAUCAUUGUUCAGCUUCAGUCUCAAAUCCGUGGCCACAGGUCUCGUGCCGCCGUGAAGACUGAGAAGAGGGGUCACCAGAAGCUCCGUGGCUGGGCCACGUCGUUCCAGGCAGUUUCUCGCGGGUACCUUGCCCGCAGUCGCUGGAACCAGCAUGUUGGCGAUGUGCGCAACAUGGAGCGUUCCAUGGACAAUGAACUCGACCGCGCUCAACGCGCCUUUGUCGGCAUUCAGGCUACCUGCCGUGGUUGGCUUGCCCGCCGUGACCGCAAGGAGGAACGCAGAGCCCUUACCAACCCCAAGAACGUCCAGGCCGUCACUGCUAUGCAGGCUAUCCUUCGUGGCCGCCUCUCUCGCCAGGCCAUGGUCAAGGAGCACAAGGCGAUACAGAUCCACGCGGCUACGUUCACCAAGCUACAAGGUCACCUCCGCAGUGCCCUCGUUCGCCGCCAACACAAGACCCGCGAACAGAAGAUGGACGACGCCAACAGCUACAUUGUCGCUAUCCAGUCGCAGGCUCGCGGUGUCCUUGCUCGCCGUCGCAAGAAUGUGUUCACCAAGGCUGCUGUCACUGUCUCGGCGUCUGUUUCGUCGUUCCAGGCUCUUGCUCGUGGCCGUCUUGCCAAGAAGACUCACGACAACAUGCAAAAGGCACUCGCCAAGGUUGAGGUGGCCGGUUCGGUUGGCGGUCUGCAGGCCUUCCUUCGCACCCGGCUCGCCAAGCGCCACACGGUUGAGCAAAAGAAGAAGCUCGAAUUCGUUCAGCCCGACGUUAUCGGUUUCCAGGCCGUGGCGCGCGGUUACCUUGCCCGCCAUGAAUUCCGCGAGUGGCGUGACUACCUCGUUGACCCGCACACUCAGGGUGCCCUCGUCUUCCUGCAGUCCCUCUCGCGCGGCUUCAUUGCUCGCCGUCGCUUCUGGAUGCGCUGGUGCUACCUUCACCAGAACAUUGACAAGAUUGUCAAGGUGCAGUCCAUGUGGCGCGGUCGCAAGCAGCGCCAGAUGUACGAGCGUCUCAUCACUGGUGUCGGAGUCGAUGUGCCAACAAUCCAAAACUACAUGCACCUUCUCGACGACACGGAGACCGAUUUCCACGAUCAGCUGCGUAUCGAUACUUUGCGCAAGGAGGUUGUUGAGCUGCUGCGCACCAACCAGACUCUCGAGACGGAGGUGAAGGAGCUCGACACUAAGAUUGCCCUCAUUCUCAAGAACAAGAUGUCCUUUGAGGACCUGGUCCGCGCCAAGCGCCGUCACGGUGCUGCUACUGGUGAUGACGCGUUCCACCCUCCCGGCGGCGGCGAUCCGUUCACCAACGUCCACCUCGACCGUGCCAGCCAGCGCAAGCUUGAGUUGUUCGAGCACCUCUUCUUCACGCUCCAGACGGACCCCAAGUACCUCUCCCGUCUUUUGCACAAGCUCGCAGCCGACCCUGAGGCCGACAAGGAUCGUCUCCUCGUCGAGGGCGUCACACUCAUCCUGUUCGGCUUUGGCCACGAUCGCCGCGAAGAGUACCUCUUCCACAAGCUCUUGCAGAUUUCGGUGCACGAGCAGGUGUUGCGUUCGCGCUCAAUCGAGGAGCUCCGUGACAGCCGCUUUGCGAUCAUCUCCGUCGUCACGCAGUACGUCAAGCCACUCUUGACUCCCUACAUCCAACAGGUGCUCGCGCCGCACAUUCAGCGCAUUUUGGAUGACCACGAGCUUGACCUCGCAACCGACCCCGUCGAGAUUUACCAUCGCAUCAUCAAUGCCGAGGAGAGUCUUACUGGCAUCAAGAGCGAUCUUCCUCGUGACGUGGAUGCCGACAAAGUGCUUCAAACUCAUACUGAGUCGCGCACCACCUACAUUCACAACCUUCAGAAGCUCCACAACCUCACUGCUCCACUUGCAACUGACCUCAUGGGGUCAACGGCACAGAUGCCCUACACUGUCCGCCUGAUUGCGCGCGAGGCUCUUCUUGCUCUGCGUGUACGCUACCAGGACUAUGACGACAGCGCCCUCUGGCCUGUCAUUGCCAAGGCUAUUCUCUUGCCAUUCAUCCUCCCCGCUAUCAUCGCACCUGAGACGUACGGUAUUGCCGACAGUGUCAAUCCCAUCCAGAGGCGUAACCUCGCUGCCAUUGGAAACGUUCUUGGCUACGUGGCUGCUCAGGAUGAGUCGCCCAGAGAGAGUGACCGUCUCGUUCGUGUGCCACUCAACGCCUACAUCAGUGCGGAAGGUCAGCGUAUGGGCGAUUGGGUUUUGGAUGCGUCCGAGGUGGACUUCCAGGUUCAGGAGAUGCUCGAGUCGACGUCGGAAGCGACACCUAUCGCUAUCACGCGUUCCGACAUUUACGGCCUUCUGUCGAUCCUCAUACAGUCCAUCCCGGCUCUUACGGCUGGCAAGACUGGCGACCCCAUCGAGAGCGUCUUGAACGAACUCGAGGGUCCACCAGUGGAGUACGACAGAAGCAAAAGCACUGUUCGCGUGCGCCUCACCAACCGCCUCGCCCAGCUUCAACCGAGCGAUCCUUACCAGGCUCAGGUCCGAGAGCUCGAGGUCCAGGCCAAACGUCACGUCAUCGCCGUACUGCGCGUGCAGACCGGACGUGACUUGUACGAGGUUCUCCUCAGUCACCCCAGUGAGGAGGACGAGGAAAAGUGGAUUGUGGAGGUUCACCGCGACAUUGCGCUCGAGCAGGCACGAAAGGAGCGCCACGAUCUGCCGCCUACCCCCGUUGAGGCGGAGUACCAGAUGGAGAGCAUCCGAUCACUACCCUUCCACGAGGUCAAGUCGCGUGCCAUCGAGUUUUGCAUGCUGUUGGUCGAGACUGGCAGGCUAUCCCGCGAGGACAAGUUUGAGGGACUCCUCGUCUCGAUCGCGUCCGACAUCAAGGAGAAGCACCGCUUGCGACAGAAGCGCAAGGUCGACCUGCAAUCCAUGUCCGAGGCCCAUGCGCACUUGAACGAGAAGCGGACCAACUUCGAGGAGCAAAUACAGAGUUACCACGACUACAUUGACUCUGCUAUGGCUGCCCUGCAACAAAAGAAGAAGGCGCCGUUCAUGUCGAAGCAAUACUGGCACCAAAAGGGUAAAAAGUCCAAGUUUGGAUCGUACAAGUACACCGCCGAAGACUUGAACAAGAAGGGCGUGCUCCUGUCGGUCAACCAGGUGUCGCCACGACAAUUCGGUUCAGUACACAUUGUCAUCUCGUCAGACAACGUGGGUGUCUUCACCCUCGAGAUGUCCAGUCCGUCGGUCGCUGGCCAGGAACUCCUGCACAUGGAGGACUUGCUCCAGGCCCAGUUUGACAACAAUGUCCGCCUUGACCUGUUUGACGGCCAAGCGGCUUUCAACCUCAACAUGCUUAUUCACCAGAUUAACAAGAAAUUCUACGCUUCCUAG